AUGGCAGUCGCGCGCGGACAGGGCAAGCGUGCAGGCAGGGCAGGCGCUCAGGGCAGGGCAGAACAGUCGCGCGCGGGCAGCGCACGGUGCAGGGCAGCUUGCGGGCGGGAGCUGCAGCAGCGGGCGACAGCUGCAGCAGCGUCACUUGUGCGCAUGCAGGGCAGGGCAGCGCUGGGCAGCGGGGCGCGCGCUGGCGCUGGGCAGCAGGGCGCGCGCUGGCGCUGGGCAGCGGGGCACGCGCUGGCGCUGGGCAGCGGGGCGCGCAUAGGCACAGGGCAGCGCUGGGCAGCGGGGCGCGCGCUGGCGCUGGGCAGCAGGGCGCGUGCUGGCGCUGGGCAGCGGGGCGGGCGCUGGCGCUGGGCAGUGGGGCACGCGCGGGCACGGGGCAGUGGGGCAUGCGCGGGCGCUGCGCAGCGGGGCGCGCGCAGGCGCUGGGCAGCGGGGCACGCGCGGGCACGGGGCAGCGGGGCACGCGCUGGCGCUGGGCAGCGGGGCGUGCGCUGGCGCUGGGCAGCGGGGCACGCGCUGGCGCUGGGCAGAGGGGCGCGCGCUGGCGCUGGGCACCGGGACACGCGCGGGCGCUGGGUAGCGGGGCGCGCGCUGGCGCUGGGCAGCGAGGCGCGCGCUGGCGCUGGGCAGCGGGACACGCGCGGGUACGGGGCAGCAGGGCGCGCGGGGCGCGCAGGGCAGCAGGGCGUGCAGGGCACGCGGGGCAGGUCAGCGCGAUAG